AUGGCCGCCAGCAUGGCUCACUAUCAAGGCCACCUCAGCAACCGCAUCACGACCGGACGCGCCGAGACGGUUGGCCAGGCACAGUACCCGCCGCGGCGAGCAGAGCGCAAGUACAAGCUCGAGGUCGAGCAGCAACCCAUCCGAGCGCGCAUGUGUGGCUUUGGCGACAAGGACCGGCGGCCCAUUACGCCUCCGCCGUGCAUCCGGCUCGUGGUACUGGACGAGAUGGAUCGCGAGCUCGACUUCAACGAGAUCGAUAGCACCUACUUUGUCCUCAUGGUGGACCUGUGGAACGAGUCGGGCCAGUCGGCCGUCAACCUGGUGCGCCAUAGCAGCGCCGCGCCCACCGUGUCCAUCAGCAGCAGCACAACGACGUCGUACCCGCCACCGCCCGAGCGCAGCCACUACGUCGCCACGACGAUUCCGGGCUACGAUGCACAUUCGCAGGCCUACCGCCACCAGCACCAGCACCAACAGCACCAGCACCAGCACAUGCAGCCCCAGCCCAUGGCCCCGGCGGGCUACGGCCCCGGCGCCCACACGGGCGU